AUGGUGGCCAACAACACAUCAGACCUCUCCUCGAGGUGUGUCGCUUCCACAGGUACCAUUCAUGUGGCCAUCUCAUACCUCUAUUUCUUCGAGUUCCCCAUUGCAUUAUUUCUCAACGGAGUAGCAGCUUGGCUUUCUUUGCACAUCCGCUCCACCUCAACGUUCAUCAUGUAUGUAAAAAACCAGGUGGCCGCCAACCUGCUCAUGACUCUGACGCUGCCGCCCAUGGCAGCGAGCAUGCUCCCUGGAGCAGCCGUCGAGCUGAGGGCGUUCGCCUGCCGUUAUUCUAACGUAGUCUUCUACGGCUCCCUGUAUGCGAGUAUCAGUCUAACCGGUCUGAUCAGCCUGGACCGAUUCUUCAAAAUCGUGAGACCCUUUGGAAAGGUGCUGGGACAGAAUGUGACGUUCAGUCUGGUGAUGUCCACUCUGGUUUGGGCGGUGCUACUGGGCAGCACGGUCAUCCCGACCAUCAUCCUCACCGACAGGAGCCCUGGUAAUUACUCAGGAGAUUUCUGCUUGUCCCUGAAAAGUCCAGCUGGUCAGAAACUGCAGGCCUUUGUGGUUUUAUUCAUGGAGACUCUUUUCUGGUCCGUCAGCGUAUUGAUCGUAUUUUGCUACAUCUGCAUCACCGUGAAGGUCGUGCAGUCCUUCAGGAACUCCGGGAGCAAAAACAGCCAAGGGACGAAGGAAACCAAACUGCGCGUCUUCUUGGUCCUCCUGGUGUUUUUUGUGUGUUUUAUGCCCCUCCACAUAAUGCGCAUUCCUUUUACCAUAUAUGAAUUAUCUGACGAUAAAGUCUGCGCGGAUAUGUGGUUGGUGGCUGCUCAUAACAUAACCCUGUGGAUCUCCAGCACAAAUAUAUGUCUGGACCCUCUUCUCUACAGCUACCUGUCUAAAGAGUACAGAGACAAACUGGUCAGCAUUCUGAAAGCUGGAGGGAUCCUUGUUGGGUUGUCUUCAGGUGAGAAUGAGGAGGUUUCCUGA